AUGAUCGGUCGAGGGGCUAAACGUGCGCGAGUCGAUGACAGCGGAGCUGAAGAGGUGGAAAAACAUGACGGGGGGUUUGUUACACCCCUGCAAAUGUUCGCCACCUUUACUCAUAACAUAACAUUUGAGGAAACGCGCAAAUUAAAACUUCUUGCCACUCCGGCAGCAAGUCCCGAUUCAAACAUGUAUACUUUUAUUCACAACCGGCAAGAAUAUGGUGUCAUGCGGUUAGAAGAUGCCACCAUAUCGGCAGAUUUGCAGGUUACAACCGCAGCCAAUGGAAAUCCUGCCGCUACCCUUAGAGUGGCACCCAUGGCACGACCUUUAGCAUUCGGUUGGAAAACGAAAGAAAUAUAUGUAAACAACGAUCUGGUGAAUACUACCACGACGCAUGAAUCAGAAAUUAGCUAUGUCAAUGCAUUUUUGACAGAAACACCCGACGGUCGGUAUGAUAAACGCGAUUUGUGUUUGGGGUGGUACGAUACUGCGGGUCAGUUUGAUGACACCGUGGGAUUCCAAAAUGGUACUAACACCGUCAACCAUGGGGGUCGUAGAAGAGCAAGAGCGGUAAAUCAAGGGGCAAGAUUUAAAUGUUAUGACAAAUUAGAUUUGUUGGGUCAUAAUAAACGAUUUUGCCCCACUUCUUUUGACGUUAAAGUGGAAUUAACGAGAUUGAGCAACGACAAAUUUUUCCAUGGUGUCGAUGCAAAUGUUACUGCAAGCAAGAUGAGGUAUCAUGAUUUAACAUUGACAAUUCCCAUGAUGAAACCCGUCGCUCAAUUAUCUGCCGCAAUUAAUGAAUUGAUGAUUCAGAAUUCGGAAGAAUGUAAAUUUUACACCACAACCUAUUGUUAUGUGGGCAAACCGUUGGCUGUCGGGGCUCAGAAUGUUCAGGUGAAUGAUAUUUUUAAUGGUGGGCGACCUACACGAUUUAUUUGUUUCCAGAAAACCCAGGCGCGGUACAACGGCGAUAACGAGCUAAAUUUUCACAGCAUGCCAUUUCCCGACAUCAAUCAUUUUCAAGUGAAAAUCAACGAAGCUAAUAUCCCACCGUUAAUUACCAACGCGAAAGAAGCAUAUUUAAAUCUGGUUCGUGUUUUAGACAGACGUCAUAGUCAAAUGCCUGUGACGUAUCCCGCGUAUGAAUCUGAUUUUGGUAUCAUCGUAGUCGAUUUAACGACUAAUCGAGAUAGUUACAAUCAGGUUCUACCCAAUUCGACGGCAGGUGUAGUGAGCGUCGAUAUAAAAUAUGCUGCAGCAUUACAAGCCGCACAACAAUUGGUUUUUAUUGGUGAGUUUAGAAAUCAAUUGUCCAUCGGGUAUAAGACGGCUGCCCGUAAUAAAUUUGAAUUCUAA